AUGAGCUGCUUGGAUGUGAUGUACCAGGUGCUCGGAGCGCAGCCGUACUUCACCUCCUACACCACCUACCACCACCACCAACAACAGCAGCAGCUGGCCUUGGACUGGAAAAUGCAAGACCCUCAGGACGCCGGCAGCGGCAGCCGCCUGGGCCCCCCCGGCUCCCCCACCAUCAAGGAGGAGGACAAGGAACUGCCCCCGGGGGCCGAGUACCUGAACGCCCGCUGCGUCCUCUUCACGUACUUCCACGGAGACAUCAGCGCCGUCAUCGACCAACACUUCAGCCGCGCCCUCAGCCACGCCUCCUCCUCCUCCUCCUCGUCGUACCCACCCAGCAGCCACAAGACCCCCAAAGACGGAUCCUUCCCGAUGAGCCAAAGAAAUUUCCCGGCAUCUUUCUGGAACAGUUCCUACCCAUCUCCUGUCCCGUCGUCGCUGGCGAGCGCUCUGUCGCCCCCCCACUCAGAACUGGCCUUCGCCGCGGGGGACCCGUACGCGCCGCCGCCCCUCCACGGCCACCUGCAUCAGCCCGGCCCAGACGCCUGGCACCCGUCCCACCCGCACCGCCGCCAUCACCACCACCACCCCUACUCGCUAGGGGGCAGCGUGGGUGCGCAGGGUUCGACGUACCCACGGCCCGCGGUGCACGAGGUGUACGGCGCGGCGUUCGAUCCCCGAUACGGCUCGGUGCUGGUCCCGUCCGUCAGGCCUCACCACUGCCUGGCGUCGUCCGGCGGCUCGGCGUGCGACCUGGGCGGGAAAGGCGAGUCGGCGGCGGCCUGGAGCGGGAGUUUCUCCGGAGUCGGAGAGAUUGGACUAAACAUGGAUGCAGGUCUGCAGACGCAGGACAAGAGCAAGGACUUGUACUGGUUCUAG